CCAAAAUCUUCAAAUUUCGGCUUUAGCUACAAACCGACCAUGGCUUCUAUAAAACCCAGUUUUUCUUUUGAACCCACUAAUUGAGUCGACACCAUAAUGGCUUUAAUCAUAUCUGCAUUGUUAAAGCCCAACUCCUUACCUUUUUCACUUCUUCAAAGAGUAACACCAACAGCCAAAACUAGACGUUUCUCUUGCAAAGUCCUAAACUCUGGCCAUCCAGACUCGGAAUUAAAUCAAAUACAGAGAAAGCAGAGUCCUUUGGGCUCAAGUUUGGUAACUCAAUUACGUAGGAGUUACAGCAAUGGGGAAGUGUCGGCUUUGGCUAAUAGGGUGUCAGUUGUAGCAAAAGAACCAGACCAUGAUUUGAAAACCCAGGGUAGAAUUUUGUUCUCUGAUGUGGUGGUGCAAAAGAGGAGGGAAGUGUUUUGGAGGGGAAAUUGGAACGCUUUGGAUAUAGCCUCUGCAGGUAUUGUCUUGGCCAUGCAUUUACUCAGCCUUUGCGCACCUUUUUACUUCAAUUGGCCUGCUUUUUGGCUUGCUGCUGGACUCUAUUUGGUAUCUGGACUGGGGAUUACAUUGUCUUUCCAUAGAAAUCUUUCUCAUAGAAGCUUCAAGCUUCCGAAAUGGCUGGAGUACUUGUUUGCUUAUUGUGGAGUACAAGCACUUCAGGGGAAUCCAAUUGAUUGGGUUAGCACACACAGGUACCACCACCAAUUUUGUGAUUCUGAGAGAGACCCCCAUAGCCCCAUUGAAGGGUUUUGGUUUAGCCACAUGAACUGGCUCUUCGAUACCAGCACUGUAAUUGAAAAGCGUGGAGAUUCAACCAAUGUUGGGGAUUUAGAGAAGCAACCCUUCUACAGGUUCCUUCAAAGUACCUAUAUCCUUCAUCCAAUCGCACUUGGAGCUUUGCUAUAUGCUCUUGGUGGGUUCCCAUUCCUAGUCUGGGGAAUGGGUGUGAGGACAAUAUGGGUAUACCACAUCACUUGGCUUGUAAAUUCAGCUUCCCAUGUGUGGGGGAGGCAAGCAUGGAAUACUGGUGAUCUGUCCAAGAACAAUUGGUGGGUGGCAUUGCUUGCAUUCGGAGAAGGUUGGCACAAUAAUCACCAUGCAUUUGAAUACUCAGCCCGACAUGGUCUGGAGUGGUGGCAGCUGGAUUUGACAUGGUAUGUAAUCAAGUUUCUUCAAGUUGUUGGAGUAGCAACUGAGAUUAAGCUACCUUCUCAACUUCACAAGCAAAAGAUGGCUUUCAACAACUGAGGUGUCUCUAUUGGAAACCCUUCUAUUCUAAUCUUCAGGGCCUCAGGCCUUCAUUUAAAGGAGCUUGCUUAACAAUGAUGACCCUUAGCUGUGAACUAGAUUUUUUCACUCUUUACCUGAAUUCAAGUUCCAUUAUCAACAGCCUACCCCCAAAGUUCUUAAGGCUUGAAACUGCAACAUUUCGCUGUGUUUGUUGAGACCUGUUGCAAUAAAUAUAAAGGUUGAACCAUAGUUAAUUUAUAAA